AUGACAUUGAAUAGCCACACAGCUAUGAAUUCGAAACGAGAUGGUGGUGUGAAAGAGAUGGCAAGCAAGCACCAUCCGCAUCUCGUGCGUCUGUUGGGCUAUUGUAUUGACUUUGUCCCGUCCACACGACUCAUGGAGCAGAUCCUCAUUUACGAGUUCAUGCCCAACAGCGACCUUGAAAGCUGGAUCGGUCCUGGUGUCACCCACUCUCUUUCGCUUCGUCAAAGGCUUGACGUUCUGAUUGGAGCGGCAAAAGGGUUGCAGUAUCUUCAUGACUUUGGCAUCGUGCAUCGCGACAUCAAGCCCGCCAACAUUCUACUUGAUGCAAGAAUGCAGGCCAAGAUUGCAGAUUUUGGGCUUGUGAAGCUUGGUGGGGGCACCGCUAUGGGCACUUCUGUGGCUGCCACUCGAGUGAUGGGAACUCCAGGCUAUGUGGACCCUGCCUAUUUCAAGUCUCACAAGGCCACUCCAGCAGCAGAUGUGCACAGUUUUGGCGUGGUGAUGCUGGUGGUUAUCACGGCGCGCAAGGCUGUGCAUGUAACAGAGGACAGCCAGAUCAAUCUCAAACAAUGGGUGGCCCCGUUGGUGGACUCCGGUGCUGUAUCGGCCUUUAAAGACCCCUACAUAGAUGCACCAGAUGACUUGGUGCUGCGCUGGGCUCGCCUUGCCCUCUCCUGCACCGCCAUGCCUGCGGCCUCCCGCCCCUCCAUGAAUCAAGUGCUGGGAGAGUUGGUGAAGUUGAAGCAGGAGGCGUUCGGAGCACAUGAGAGCCAUGUGGGCGAGGCCAAAUCUCACAUCGACCUGGAGCUUGGGAGUUCCAUUAGCUCCUCCAGCUUCACUACUGAAAUGGCCCGUGCAGAGCGCGGGGGCAUGCCAAGUGGCUCUUCCACGUAA